GGAAGAUCCCCGCUAAGUCCUGAUGAAACUGUAUCACGUGAAUGUAUGCACUGGGUGCCAGGGCAAGCGCUAAUUUAGAGUGUGUGGUACCUUUAGUCUGUGUCGUGUAUUUGAGUUUUCGGAGUUUGAUUUAAAUGAAUGAAUGCCAUUCAAUCAUACCGGCGGAUCUCAAUUGCAGAGAAAACAAUCAUCACUUCAAGAGAAGCAAUUACUAGUAUGAUACUAUCGCCAUAAUCGAACAUGUUCUCAUCUUUACUCGCCGCUCCUUGCGAGGUAAAGUUGCAUUUACUUCAACAUGUUGUCUAUCUUCGUCCUCCAACACGCAGACCAACAGAAGAUGCACUUCCAACGGCAACAGAUGAAGUGGCCAGAGGAUUGGUCGAACUACACGUCCCACACGAUAGACGAAUUGGUGGCAUUCGUGUAAAAUUACGUGCCGUUCAAAGUGUUGCAAUUCUUCCCGAUCAACGUGAUAUGGUCUCUUUUGCUGGUGCAACCCCUAUUGGAUGGGAAGAUACAAUCUUGAUGGAAAAAGUUGUUGAAAUUGGCUUACCACCCGAAAAGAGCCAUGCAACCGUUCCAGGAGAUGAUUCAAUCUCUUCUUCGGCUGCAGAUAGAAGGGGAAGGAGCAGACAAGCAAGAAGUAAUCAAAAUAGUAGAAUGGUCACUCCCGUUCAAAGUCGUCCCACAAGUCCAAGAAUCUCGCUAGAAGAUGCUCCUCCAGAGUAUCAGGAACAUGAUUCUGCCUCACCAUCUCAUACCCCCCACGAAGCAAACAAUCAUGAUCAAAUCAAUCCCACUUCGAUCGGCGCUAUCAUGCGUGCCUUUUCUCGUGGAAGGCCUUCAAGUCGACCAUCAAGUCAAGCAGGCAGUCGAUCCGUAAGUCGAUCAGUCAGUCGAGCUGCGAGCAGAGAUCCUUCUCCCACAAGAGCGACAGAUUCUCCCAGACUGACGCCAAGCCAUUCGAACACAUCCCCUCUUGCAUUAGAACAAGAAGCAGAAAUUGAUACUUUGAACGGACACAUGAGCAGAACCGGUCUCUCACGCGGACGUGAUCAAGCAAGCGGUGCCCAUCCUCAUGCAAAUGAUCAUGAGGAUUAUUUUGGUAUCAUUGGAGCGAAUAACCGAAGAGGCCGAUCUCAUCUUGCUCCCAGUCCCAGCCCAAACUCAAUCCCAUCUUCUUCAGCCGUUAAUCACCGUUCAAUCACCUUAAGCCCUUCUCGCGGAGGAGGUGCUUCUAGAAGGCGUGAUGAGAGUCGUGUGCGCUUUCCAGGAAUAGGCAAGAGAAACGUUCGUGCUCCUAGUGUAGACACUGGAGCUCGUUCAUCUGCCAGCUCGUCAGAUGAGUUGGAUGGGUUGUUCCUUCAGAAAGGUGUGCAUGGAUUCGAAUUUGCAUUCAUCAUUCCCGCCGAUUCUCCACCAUACGAGAGAAGUCCAUAUGGAAGGGUGCGAUAUGUGGUCAAAGCGACUGCAUUCGGUGCGGGAAGAGCAAAGAGCAAUAUAGAAGCUUGGCGUGAUAUGUUUCCUGUUGUCAAUCCCUCUACGGACGGUGGACCGGUUCCAUUGACUGUUCUUUACAAUGAUUUGCACCCGACUGUAGGGCUGCUUUCGAUUGCAUGCACGGCAAACAAUAUCUCCGUUGGAGGAAUAUUCAAUGUCGACAUUCAUUCUCCCACACCUCCACCAGAUCUGAUGGUGUACCUGGUUCGAGUAUCUGUGGAAACCACGACAGAAUUACGAACACGAAAAAGAGGAAAGCAGACUGUACCCACGCAAAGGCAUAAGCUUUUCGAGAAAGGUUGGGUACCCCCGAGACCCAACGAUCCGCACGGUCAAGGAGAUGGAAAACGAUCUGAAGGUUUGAUUCGUGAUCCUACUAGACCUGGAUCGCGUCCUGAUGAUGCAUGGACUGUGCAAGGUAUUGCAAGGAUGCCGAAUGACAACAUCGUUCGAAGCACGACAAUUUCUGGAACUAGAGCAGCAAUUCGAUUCUCUCAUCAAUUGUUAGUUGAAGUUGUUCAUUCGCUCAAACCCGAAGUGGAAGGGCAAGAUAGAAAACUCAAAGUGUUUGCGUUGCGUCAACCGAUCACACUGCCGAGCUGUUGCGUUGCAUAUGAUGCUGUCAUUUUACCAGCCUACACUGCCAACGAUGGUUCGUCAAGACCCGUUGAAAUGCCGUACGAUGUGAAUGCAGGUGAUGAAUCGAUUUCGCAUGCCAGUCAUCAUCAAGGGGACGGAGCACAUGGAGAAAGUAGCCGUAGAGGUGGUGCUGCACAUGCAUCAACAUCUUCUCGUGUUCUUGGACCAAGUCAUGAAUUCUGCGUUUGUGGACAAACGUUGCGUGAUCUUUCUGAACGUGAACAAGCUAUGAUACCUGCACGAUCUUAUGCAGAUUUACCGUUAGACGGUCUAAGCCAUCGAAAGAUUGGCGAAUUGCCUUCCAAUCAGGGAGGAUAUUCGAUUGGCAGUACAUUGCGAAGAAGUACGAGUAGAAGCAGUUCAACAAGCAGAGAAAGUCGUGAAAGAAGUACUUCUCGUCAUUCUUUGAGUUUACGAAGAGGAUUGAGCAGAAAUCGCAGCCCUUCUGUUGGCAGUACGAUUUCCAGGAAUGGAAGACGGUCUAGUGUGACGAGAACGAAUAUUGGAGCAGGACUUUCUGUAAGUGCCAAUCGAGGUGAAAGUAGCUCCAAUGGGAUCUAUGCAAACGGCAUGGGCGAACGUGGUGAAGGAAUUAUACGAACAUCGAGAAGUGUGGACGGUUCCAAUACCACAUCAGCUCCCGCCAUGCCACCUUCUUAUGAACAUGUUGUGGAAGAGGAUAGCGCGGAAGAAGAUAUUUCAGAGAAUGAAACAAGGCCAAGUACGGCAAGAGCUGGUCAACAACCAACGAUUACAGUUGAUCAAAGUGGAAUACGAAGUAGUGCGGCAAGUAGUAGUACACAUAGCGCGACAGAAAGUAGUCUCAGUAGUGGAGCUGCCGCAGAUGAUGAGAGCAAAGUUGAAGUGGUUGAAAUUUAAAUUAUUGUAGUUUUAUAGUCAUCAUAAUGUUUGCUCAGAUUUAUUCUCUCUCGAAGAGACAGAAUAUUAUCAAUAUACCGAUUUGACAUUCCCCGGCCUACGCGGUUGAUUAGGCGAAAGCCGGAUAGUACGGAUAAUUUUGCGCUAUUCACUACGGCUCGAAUGACAGCCGGUCAAAUGUCACACAAUAAGGUGACUGUGCUGAACUUAUUCAUUUCGACCACCACCAUCAUCGUCAUCGUCAAAAGUAGCUUCUAUUGA